AUGCAGUACGUUCGGAGCCUGAGUGGCCCGGUCUCCAAGACCUGGAAUUCGAUCAACCCGGCCACCCUCAGCGGAGCCAUUGAUGUGAUCGUGAUUGAAGAUGAAGAUGGCAGCCUUGCUUGCUCGCCUUUCCACGUUCGCUUCGGCAAGUUCUCGCUCCUUCGGCCGUCCGAGAAGAAGGUUGAGUUUUCCGUCAACGGGAUCAAACAAGACUUUUCUAUGAAGCUGGGCGACGGAGGAGAAGCCUUCUUCGUCUUUGAAACCACUGAUGAUGUGCCCGCUGCACUUCAAACGUCGCCUUUGGUGUCCCCAGCAAGCAGUCCAGCGUCGACCUCUGUUGCCGAACUGCCUUCGCUACAGGACCCCCCCGAUCUGGAUUUGGACUGUAUCAGCACGUCAAAAAGUGAAAUAAAAGAUCUCGAAGCAGGUCCCAUAUCCUCCAACAGGCGCUCCCUGUCGCAUGAUUUAGGCGCAAUCACACCUCUAUCGCAGUCGCCAAAUGACUCUUCCAUGCACCGAAUAGGACUGACCAUAUACGAUAAUAACACGCCUGUGAAAUUCGAUCGUUCCAUGUCCGAUGGCGUUCUUCCGGCUGGCGCGACAUCUCUCGGCAGUGAAGCAUCCAGUACUGAAAACUCCCCACGGGCAGCGCGCCGAACAGACAUUCACCAGGGCCAAAGAUCAACAAGUCCUCCUUUAGUAUCGCCUAGUGAAGCCAUUUCGCGUGCGAUGGCGCUGUCGAAGAAGCUUUCGGGGUCGAAUAUUCCUUCCCAGGUGACAGAAACCGGUGAUCUCAUGCUGGACAUGACUGGUUACAAAACUAGUGAAGACGAAGCCCUUCGCGCCGAAGUAAUUGCCCGCAAUAUUCUUUCCGAAGAGCUAGAAGGCAACUAUGAUAUUGGUGCCUUGAUCGGCGCCGACGACCACGGCAAUCUAUGGAUUUAUAGUAGCGAGGAGGCAAAGCUUGCGGCCAGCCGUCGGACAACACUCAGCGCACACCAGACGCCCUUUAGUGAGGAUGCUGUCUCGGACCCUGGUUACCACAGUGAAGGGGAACAAUCAACUCUACAGCCUCCCAUCCAGACUCGUCAUCAUCGUGCUCAAUCUGAUGUGCAACCCGGCUUUCCCACCCCGCCGCAAACACCACCGCAAGACGCGGCUUUCGGCGACCUAAACCGCAACUUUGCCAAAACUUUGCGAUUGACCAGCGAUCAGCUCAAGACUCUCAACCUUAAACCUGGUGCAAACAAUGUGACAUUCACAGUCAACAAAGCAACGUGUCCCGCCACCAUGUAUCUCUGGAACAACAAAACGCCGAUUGUCAUUUCUGACAUCGACGGUACAAUCACGAAAUCUGAUGUUUUGGGCCAUGUCCUAAACAUGAUCGGGCGUGAUUGGACUCAUCAAGGUGUAGCCAAACUGUUCACCGACAUCGUCAGCAAUGGGUACAACAUCAUGUACCUGACCAGUCGAUCAACUGGUCAAGCCGGCCUAACUCGAACAUAUCUCAACGGAGUUUCGCAGGACGGCUACAAGUUACCCAACGGGCCCGUCAUCAUGAGUCCCGACCGAACUAUAGCAGCCCUGCGGCGUGAAGUCUAUUUGAGAAAGCCUGAAGUAUUCAAAAUGGCUUGUCUACGUGAUAUCUUAAACCUCUUUCCUACGCGUGAAAAUCCAUUCUACGCUGGGUUCGGCAAUCGAUUGACGGACGCUCUUAGCUACCGCUCUGUGAAUAUUCCGUCUUCGCGUAUCUUUACGAUCAACUCCUACGCUGAAGUGUCUCUGGAUCUGCUUAGUCUUAACAAGUAUAAAAGUAGCUACGUGUCGAUGAGAGAGCUAGUUGACCACUUCUUUCCUCCUAUCAGUCUUCUCGUGCAGGGAGGUGGCGAAGAGUUCACCGACUUUACGUACUGGCGUGACCAAGCCAACCUGGACGAUUUCUCAGUCACGGAUAGCGAGGAAGAAGAUGAAGAAGACCUUGAGAGCGAGCCAGCUUAUAGCGAAGAGGGCAGUGAUAUCGAAGAAGAUGACGAUGAACAAGUUGAUGAGAUGGGCGAAAGCUACAUCUCUCGUGAUUCUAUCGACGAACCCGGGAUGCUCAACUCGACAGAGUCGCUCAUCGAUAGCCAUCUUUCUGACGAUGAGCUUUCCGGGAGUGAGGAAGAUUUCCCAGAUAUUGGCGGCGUGUCUUUACGCGACCCCGUGUCUUAG